AUGGCUGGGAACACUCUCGAAGAAGCUCAAGUGGCGGUGGCGGCGACCAUGGACAGCAACCAGAGACAACUGCAACGCGAGCCAUCACAGCAGGACCUCGAACUUGCGCAGUCUCUGAUUGAGCAUUCCCAAGGAGGGCAGGUCCAACCUCCGCAGUCAACAUGGCAAGCCCUUAAUGGAGGCGAGCCAAGUCCUUAUGGUCAGCCUCAUGACGGUGCAGCGACCGAUAUGAUGAACCAGCACGAAAUGGCUGGUAUGCCAUCAUUCUACUCGCACCCACACACUCACCAACCUCUGCAACGAAGAACACCAACGGCGCCAAGUGGACAGAUGUGCAGUAAUUGCGGCACGACGAAGACUCCCCUGUGGAGGAGAUCACCUUCCGGGGCGGUCAUCUGCAACGCAUGUGGUCUGUACUACAAAGCACGAAAUCAAAUGCGACCCGUAGGGUUGAAGCGAGGUGGUCCUGCUCCGCUUCCACCCGCUGAGGGUCAGAGACAUGAUAGAAGCACUUCUCCCACCACUCUGCAAGGUAACGCUACUUAUGUGACAGCCGAUCAAAGUGUGAAUGGCACAUGUCCUGGUGGAGGUCGCUGCAACGGCACGGGGGGACACGAAGGCUGUAAUGGGUGCCCCGCAUACAACAAUCGGGUCUCGAAAACAGCGCAGGUGGCUCUACAGCAGACGACCUCAUCUGCAGAUGAAGUGAAUCCUUCUCCAGGCCAACCAUCAUCGGGCACGAGUGUGGUCGUGGCGUGUCAGAACUGCGGCACGACUAUCACUCCUCUUUGGCGUCGAGACGAUGCAGGGCAUACCAUCUGCAAUGCUUGUGGGCUCUAUCACAAAUUGCAUGGCCAUCAUCGCCCAGUGCAAAUGAAGAAAGCCGAGAUCAAGCGAAGGAAACGUGUAGUGCCAGCAGACAUGCCAUCCUAUGCCGGUCGUGGUAUGGUCGUGAACGAGUACAUGAACGACGACCUCUCAGCGCAGGAUUCAAGAGCAUCGAUGGCACCAUCCACAGUGACGACAGUAUAUGGAGGUAUGCAGGAGUCCCAACGGCCAGCUGGAGGACCAAUACCUGUCGACUUCACAGAGGCCUUCAGAAGCCGGAACACGAUCCGCCACGGUCACGACCAUCACUACCAGCAAGGCGAAUCCUCAGCAAACCCACGCAAGCGCUCCUUCUCCACGAGUGAGCGCGGCGGUGCCGAAGGUGACGACGAGACAUAUUCGCACGCACAGAACGUUCCGUCCCCCCACAUCACUACUGCUGCACGUGAGGAGAACAUCGACCCUGCUCUAAGCUCGUCAAUAGCUCGGGCAUCAGAACCACCAUCUUCAUCGUCGAAGGAGGCACGAAGAGCAGAGCUGCAGCGCGAGGCACAAAGGAUGAGGGAGAUGCUGAUGGCUAAUGAGCUGGAGAUGGCUGCCCUAGCCGAUGGCGCGGGAGAAUGA